AUGAGAGGCUCUUUCCAAGGCUAUUAUGGUAGACCUGGGCGCGGAGGUCUUGUGAAGGGUAAAUCCCCACAGACUUCCAGUCCUGAACCUGCUCUGGGGAGCCUUCUCUCCACGCUCAGCCAGACUGACUUCAACACGACCGCGGGGAAAUAUGAGUCGGACUCAUCCAUCACAGACUGCGUGACUGUGACUUCGUACAAUUGGCUGGACAGAGCAGAGCCGACCAUUGCUGUCCCGGGCAAACCUGCAAAGUGGACACCACUUGUUGCACCACGGCAGCUCAAGCCUGAUGACGGGCAAUACUUCCGUGAUCCCAACGCGGCUCAUCACCCGAAGCAUCCCAUGGAGCCCAUGAUCCUUGCCGUAUUGGCUCAGAGUACCCAUGACGCCAUUGAGGAUGAUGUCGUUGCCUGCGGUAGCACUCUUGGAAACUUGCUGCGGUUCAUCCGCGGGGAGGACAAGCAAUUCAGGAUCCUGGUGGAGCUUGUUGAAGGGGCCGUAUUCUUCAUUCGCAGGGAGAACACGCCGCGAGAGCUUAUACCGGAUGUCAAAGGAUAUGGUCACUCGUUUCCAGAGGCUUACACAACGUGGGAUGCUGAUGUGAAGGGGUCUGUGUCACAUCAGCGAAUCAUCUCAUACCGAUUCGGUGAUCUGAGAUUCCUGAUGAGAUUUGAGGGGGACGGCUACAUUCAAGCUGGAGGCGAAGACAAGAAGACCAGCCAGUAUAGGCCAUCUGAACUCACUGAUGUGAUCGCCAAGGAUGCAGUCGACGGGUUGACGGCGGCACUCGACCAGAGCCGCAUGACUGCUGCUGCGCCAUCUGCUGGCUCAGAAUUGACGGUGUCCUCUUCUGGGAAAUUGGUCAACCAGGAGUGUGUCUUUGAUCUAAAGACUCGGUCUAUCCGGAGGAAGGAGGUGGCCUCCUUCGAAGAUACCUUUGCCGAGCAGCUCCCUCGAUUGUGGGUGGCACAGAUACCCCAGUUCAUCCUGGCAUAUCACGACCGAGGAACCUUCGAGGAUAUCACCGUGAAGGACACGCGGAAGGAUGUCAAGGCCUGGGAGAGGCAACAAGUUGACGUUCUGUCGCGCCUUGCUGCCCUCAUCCAUCACAUCAUCGACCUCGUCAAGUCAAGGCCCGAUGGAAAGCUGGAGCUCCGUCAUGUAACGGUAGGAACACUUGAGGUUCGUGAGCAGCUGGCAGAUGCCGGCGACGCGCUGUCCGACGCGGUGAGGGAUUUGUGGGCAAAGGAAAGGGGUACGACUGAUGGCGUAAGCAGUGAGAGAAAAGACGUUGACGGUGGAGAGCACCGCGAUUAUGAGGAAGAACCUGAGUACAACAAAGAUGCAUUUGACUGGGAUGAUAGGACUGGACUCAAGAUUAUACGUGGGCUCGAGUCUGGUAGGAAGGAAGAGGAGUCUUUCACUGAUACCAGUGGGCAUCAAUGCCUCGCACCUGGCCACGAUGUACAGUAUCCCAACAUCCUUCUGUGCACCUCUUCAUCAUCGACGGCAGCAGAAGCUGCUGCGCCGCUCCAGAACCUUGGAUCAUCGCAGUUGGCGUCAGCCAUGGAACCGAAUUUCAAGCCAGGAUGUUCGUGGAACAACUUCGAGACACCAGUCAUGCUGUGA